UACACACAAUUUGCGGGGAUUUGAAAAAACAUUGAAACAUCUAAAUAUAAUUAACAAAACGGCGCACUUUUAACAAGGAUGAUGUUACGUACAACUGUAACGGCAAGAAAAUCAAAGACUGUCCGAGACAUCGCGUGAUUUCACGCUUCCGGAAGUUAAAUAGCAUGAGAGAGAGAGAACUGUCCGAGGUGCUGACACUAAUUUGGGAAGAUGGAUGAAUCACAAGAGUCCUGUAUACUCAAUGCCGAAAACUGCAGCAGCAGCAGCAGCAGUGCCCUCAGCAGUAAAACUGGCAACACUCCACAAUGCAACGGUGCUUCAGAGUACAGGACCCUGCUCCAUGUCCCUGAGUCACACGGUCUCCAGCUACUGAGCGUGCUCAGAUCAUUCAGGGAGCAAGGCCUGCUGUUUGACUUCACCAUUAAGGUCCAGGAACAAAGUUUUCCCUGCCAUCGAUGUGUCCUUGCAGCAUGCAGCGAUUUCUUCAGGGCCAUGUUUGAGGUGGAUAUGCGAGAGCGUGGUGAUGGUUCAGUGACUCUGGGUAACCAGUGUCCAGAGGCAGUGCGUUUAUUCCUGGACUUUGCCUAUUCAGGAGAGAUGCUCAUCACUGAUAGCAAUGUAGACAUGCUGUUUCAGCUUGCUUCUUUUCUGCAGGUCUCAGUGUUGUCCGAAGCGUGCAGCAACUUCCUGAUAAGAGCCAUGGAUCUCAGUAACUGCCUGUCCCUAUUCUCCCUUGCUGAGGCCUACGGCUCUGCAUCCCUCCUCCAAAGUGCCAAUGAGUUUGUGAUUCAGAACUUCUCUGAGCUUUCCAAAACCCAGGACUUCCUGGAUAUGCAGGUAAAUGUGUUGGAAGCAUGCCUGAGGUCAGAUGCUCUAAAUGUGCCCAGUGAGGAGGCUGUGGUGAUGUCUCUUCUUAGAUGGAUACGCCAUGAUCUCUCGGAAAGACAAAAGCUGUUGCCGGGUUUGUUAUCUCUAACCAGAUUCCACCACCUACCUGCACCUGUACUAAAGACUCUGCGUGAUGCAGAUGAUCUCCUCUGCAAUAGUGAGUCCUGCCUCGCCCUGCUCUCUGAAGCUCAGAGCAGGCAGGAUCAGUACAGCGGCCUGCUCUCUGACGCCAGGCCAGCCACCACACAGAGCUACAUCUUCAUCCACAAAACAGAGGAGAACGGCGAGAUCCGCCACAGCUUCUGCUACCAUCUGGAGACAGACCAGUGGACAGAGCUGGGAACAGGGCACGGAGAGGGGACGGCCAUGAUGCCAGACCCACCGGGUUCCUACCUUACCAGCUUUGCUGAGAAGAUAUUUGUGACAGGUGGAUGCCGGGGGAACUGUUGCCGGGCAAUACGUCUCCAUGUGGCCGAGCCGUUCCAUGACGCCACAGAUGAGGUUUGGUGCUUCUGUCCUGUGACCCUCACCUGCACGCCGGCUCCAGCCAUGCUGAAGCCCAGAACCACACACACAGCUGUAACCUGCCUGGACCGUAUCUACGUCAUUGGAGGACGGACAAGGGGAUCCAGAGGGGGGGCUCCCAGUCUGCUGGAGGUGGAGUACUUUAAUCCUCUGACCCAGACCUGGAGCUCAGUCAGCCCACUGCCCACCGCCAUCUACUACCCUGAGGCCAGUGCUUGUGGCAGUGUUAUCUAUACACUGGGGUCAGAAGUGGAGAUAACAGAUUCCUUUAACCCUUCACUGGACUGCUUCUUCAGCUAUGACGCACAGCAGGACCAGUGGAGCCGCCUGGUGGCCGAGUUUGGACAAUUCUUCCAUGCUACUCUUGUCAAGGCAGUGUCAAUAGAUAACACACUGCACAUCUGUGACCUGUCCACUUACAAGGUCUACAGUUUUUGUCCAGAGACCUGCGUGUGGAAGGGUCAAGGGUCCUUUGAGUGUGCUGGUUUCAACGCAGGAGCAGUGGGUAUGAAAGACAAAAUCUACAUCCUGGGUGGAGACUAUUCACCUGAUGAGAUCACUGAUGAAGUUCAGGUGUACCACAGUGGGAGAAGUCAAUGGGAGGAAGUGGCUCCCAUGCCCAGAGCGCUCACUGAGUUCCACUGUCAGCUCAUCAGCUUCAACAGAUACAAAGACCCAUGGGGGGACACAGCAGAUACACACUCUUGAAUAUAGUUGAUUUGCAUGUGUGUUACAUGUGUCUCUGAUGGAUGCUGGACAGCUGACAGAGGGAAAGACAACCUUCCACCAACACCACAUCUUUCUCACAUCAUUAUGACAAGACUGCGCCUGAGCCAGAUUAUGUACUACUUUUUAAUUUAAACAUUUGAUUUCAUAUGUUCACUUUGCACGAGUGAGUUGUCUGCUGUCAUAGGAUCUUUGUUGUAUUUAAAUAAAAAUGUGGUCCCUCCCAUGGAGGAACCUUAUUGAGCCAAAGACUACAGUAUAUUGGAAAGCCUAUUUUAAUAACUGACAUAUUUUGUUCUGGUGAUUUAGCUGAUGGAAACCUGCUCAUAGUAUAUUACCUUAUUUAAAACUCAACAGAAAUCCUCUUGACACAAUUGUGUAAAUAAUCUUGUUGGAUUUUCACUUUAAUCUACUUGCCUUUAUCCUGUUUAGCCUGUCAUGUAUCCAUGCAUGCCCUUUUUCUCCUCUCAUGAAAUAACAUUCUACAUGUGAUCAAUACACAGAUCACCUGACAACUGAACCUAUAGAUCAACACUGUACCUUGGAAGAACAUAUAUAUAUACGGUUGUGUUAAGAAACCUACAAAAAUAAUACAAAAAAUACAGUAAUGUUUUAUUGGCAAGGAGUGAAU